AUUCUCUUUAUUUUGAUCAGUGUGUGCGCAAUUAUACUCGUGCCGGGAAUUGCGGAAUUUUCGCAUGCGGAGAGGAAGCCAAGAGAAUGUUGCACAUGUUGGCAAAACCGAUAGAGCUUGCUGCGCGGAGCUUGCACACUUCCAGCCGUGUUCUGGCGUCGAAAAAAAAUGAAUUUGGGAUCUCACUAAAUCCGAAAUGGACGCGCGUAAACGAGAAAGUCCAUCCUCCAGAACAGCCGGUUACUCCCUACGUACAGUAUGCGCGAACUGAUGUCAGGGGUGGAGUAAAGAAAUAUCUGCCUCUCGUUUGGAAGAUUCGAGGUCUUUCGAUCGAUGAUGCAAUAGCUCAGAUGGACUUCGAUGUGCACAAAGCCGCGAAAGAAGUCAAGAAGGCGCUCGAGGAGGCAAGGAGGAUCGCUGUAUCGGAGCACAAUAUAGAAUACGGAUCCAACAUGUGGGUGGCUGAAGCGACGGUAUCGAAAGGAACGCACUUCAAAGGUGUCCGAAGACACUCCAGAGCCCGUUACGGGGAAAUCGCGUACAAGUUCAGCAGCGUCCAAAUUCGUCUUGAGGAAGGGAAGCCUCCGAAACACUACUAUGUUCCGGAUCUCACGCCGGAACAGAAGCUGCAGCAGUUCAAGAUGGAGCUCGACAGACGAUUUGUUGAAUACAGCAUCUAGGGAUUUAGUUGGAAUUCUUUAGAGAUUCGUAAUAAAUUC